GUUCUCGUUCAGUUUGUUUUCGUCGUGCUUAGUGAACGGCUGUAUUUUCCAGAAACCUCCUCUUACAAACGUUUCAUUACCAUUUUGGCAAAUUAAUUUCUUCCCGACGCCAUUGAUCUGCAUUAUUAAAUUUGUGUAUUCUGUGCUAUUUAAACGAUUUUUUCCCAAUAACUAUAAGAAAUGGCAUACCGUAUGGGAGGAGGUGGCAACAAUCGCCGAACCGACAAUCGUUUCGAUCGUGGUGGAUUUGGCGGUGGCAUGAAUCGUCCGAAUCCAUGGGGCGGUGAUAAUAUGGGCGGUAAUUUCCGUCAAGGCGGUGGCAAUAACGGUGGCAUGAACAAUGACGUUCUGUCGUUGGCCAACAGUUUGGUCAACAAUUUGCUGCGCAAUCAGAAUCAUCCACCAUCUCUAUUGGACCUACCAAACCGUGGCGGUUACGGUGGUGGUCGAGACGGUCGAUUUAAUGAUCGUAUGGGUGGGUUCAAUCGUAAUAUGCCAAAUCGUCGCAACGGACCUCCUGGUGCACGGCAAAAAAAUGACAAAUUAGGCGCCAUUAAGGGUGGCAUUCGUAAACGUAAUCCAGUUAGUUCGGCUAAAAAAGUUCUUGCUAAGAACGCUAAGGAUGAUGCUUCAGCUGAUGCUAAUAACUCUAAUUUGAGCGCCAAGAAUGUGAAGAAGGAGUCCAAAUACGCUGAUGUACCCAACGUCAUGUUCUACUGUCAUAUGUGCAAGAAGCAUAUGUGGGACGCCGUUUCAUUCGAGAACCAUGUGAAGGGUCGUACCCAUAUGAUGAUGCGUGACGGAGUUGAAGAAUCGUAUCGUCUCCGAGCCAACAUGAUUCGCCAAGAAGCUAAGAUCGAGGAACAACUGAAGACCAUCGAGUUGGAGCGUCGUUCUCGUAUGGGCAAGGGCGGAAAAGGAAAUCGUCGCGAAUACUGUACAAUGUGCGAUUUGCAUUUCUUUGGACAUUUGUCGACUCAUCGCAAAUCUGAUGGGCAUUUGCAAUUGAAGAAAUUCUUACAUCCCCGUUGCGGUGACUGCGCUCAAGAAUUUCCCAAUCGCAUUGACUUUGACAACCACAUGUUGACACCUGAUCACAUGAAGAAAGCUCAUGCUAACAAAUCUAACAAACCGGAACGCAGGAAGAAUGCUUUGAUCAUUCAUACCGAAGAAGAUGAAUUGAAAGACUUACGAGAAGAGAAACCGGUUGUUAAGAAGGAAGAAGAAGCUGAAGAGGCAAUGGAAACCGAUGAGACUGUUGAAAAGAACGGUGAGAACGGUGACGUCAAAGAAGGUGAAGAGAAAGAAGAAAAAGAGGAGGGAACUGAAGAAGGCAAGGUAGUUGAAGAGAAACCAGCAGAACCUGCUCCUGAGCCUGAAGAUGUAAUUUUGGAUAUUACCGAAGAGGAAGAAGUUCCAAUUGAAAUCGAAAAUCGUGUCCCGAAAUACAACUGUAACCGUCAAAUUGGCUCUAGCCAACUCCACCAUUUGGACUGUUACGAGUGUCACAUUUGCAAUCGGUUCUUCGAUACUGAACGCACAGCUGAAAUUCAUUCACGCACUGUUACCCAUCACCGUAACUUUGUCAAGUUCUUAAACGAAAAAUCGAAUGACACCAAGAUCGCCCAACGUCGUGCCCAAGCAGCAUUGGAGGAAAUCGAACGUAAAAAGAAGAAGCUAGAAGAGAUUGCCAACGGCGAGGCAACCGAAAAGAAAGAUGGAGAUGAGACCUACGAUCCAUCCGAAGAGACUGGCGAAAAUGACAAAUCAAAUGCUGGUGAUGAAACCAUGGAAUCUCAAGAUGGUGACGAACAGUUCGAGGACGCUAAUCAAACCGUCAAGGAAGACAUUGCUGAGCCAAUCGUUGCAGCACCGAUCGAACCCGAACCGGAACCGGAACCAGAACCCGUUGUCGAGGUGAAGGCAUCGCCAAAGGCAACACCACAACGUGCCGCCCGUGGUCGUGCUGCACGUGGCCGUCGUAACUAAACGCAAGAUUAUUAUUUCACAAAAAAUCUUGAGAUUUCAUAACUUUUAAUUUUAUUCUUUAAGACAAAGAACACAUUGCUGUAUUAUUAUCGAUUGUUUAGUAACGAAACGAAGCGCAAACAAAAGAACAUUUAAUUUUUAAUAUUUUUAUUUAAAAAUUAUUUUAAAAAAUAAAGUAAAAACAAGGAAAGAAAACAAAAGAAAACUAUUAAAACUGUCAUCACACGGUAUAGAUAAUUUGUAAGUUGAGGCAUCUUUUUUUUUGGUUUGAAAAAGAAAAAUGUGUAGAACGUGCUGACUUACAAUAAAUUAACAAUUGUAUUCCAUAGUAAACUUUAUAGAAUUAUUGAUUUUUUAAUGUCAAAUCUAUCAUCCAAUUUCAAUGAAUAAAGAAAACCAGACACAAAUAUUUAAUGUAUCGUCAAAA